AUGGAUUUGAACAGAAAUCAAGGGUAAAAAGACCAAGGGCGCCUCCCCCAGAACCAGAAAAUGACGUCGAAUCUGAUUUUGAUGAAAGAAACAAUGACUUGGAUUCAAGUAAUGUUCCCCCUGGAUUUUUAAGCCCUUCAGUGGUCGAAUAUCUGGAGUUGGGAAAGUCAAUACCAGGCAGACCAGGAUCUGACUAUCCAGUACUUGGAACUGUGCCAUACACCAAUUUCUAUUGCGAUGAUCAACCUUAUCCUGGAUUCUAUGCAGAUAUGGAAACCCGGUGCCAAAGUUGGCACUAUUGUGAUAUCGAUGGAAGGCAGACGACGUUUCUCUGCCCCAAUGGUACUCAGUUUAGCCAACUGGUAUUUGUCUGUGAUUGGUGGUUCAACGUCAGGUGUGAGUUGAGCGAAAAAUUAUAUGUGAUCAAUAGCCGACUCUACGGAAGGCCAAAAUUGGAUCCAACACGACCUCAUCGAACCAUAACCAAACAAAUUCUUGAAGACAUUUUCAACGAUGAAGAAAAAUGAAGAGAUCGAAACACUCCAGAAUAGUGAAUGUAUCACCAACCGUCAUAACUUCACCACUCAGAUGGAGAGCAAUUUUCGACCAACUCCCAACGAGAGAGACAUUAACGUUUUUCGGACAAAAAUUUUAACGUAGUUACUUGAAUAUAUUUUAGUUGUUGUAAAUAGGUAGGAAUAAGUGACCUUAUGAAUUAUGAUUCUUUCGUGAAGUGAGAGGUGUUGAAGAAUGCUGAAGAAAGUAGAGACGAUUUAUUGACUUGUGUAUAUUUUGAGUAAAUGUAUGAAUUGAACACUUUUUCCAAUA